AUGCCUUCGACCGCAACCCCCUCCGAGCGGAGGGACAAGCACAAUCUGGGCGCCGGCCUCAACCUCAAGAGUCCAGACAUCGAAAACCACCCCUCAGGACCGCCCAAGCAUGGACAACUCGGCCAGGCCGAGCGCGGCGUGUCCAUCGCCUCGACCUUUCUGUCUGGCGUUCUGGCCAUCAAUGCCGCCCAAUUUAUCGGUCUUCCUUUUAAGAUGAUCGACCCCAAGUUCUACAACGACUACAUAGCCUUUACUAAACAGUCGUUUGCUGUCCUGAUCACCACUCUCACCCAAUGGUGGUCUCCUACCAAGGUCCAUGUUAGCGGCGAUGGGAGUAUCCCCAACCAACUUUUCCUGAAGCCUGAUGGCAGCCUCGAGUGCAGAUUUCCGGACCGGAUGGUUCUCAUGGCCAACCAUCAGCUCUACACUGAUUGGUUGUAUCUCUGGUGGAUAGCUUACACCAACAAGAUGGCCGGCCAUGUCUACAUCAUUCUCAAGGAGUCAAUCAAGAACAUCCCCCUGAUCGGCUGGGGCUCGCAGUUCUACAACUUCAUCUUCCUAGCUCGCAAUUGGGAGAAGGAUAAGCCACGUUUCCAAGAACACCUUCAGCAACUCGAUAAUCCGAAGGACCCAAUGUGGCUCAUCAUCUUCCCUGAAGGUACCAAUCUCUCGGCCACUACUCGCGAGUCGAGCGCGAGAUGGGCGGAGAAAAAUGGAAUCAAGGACAUGCGCCACCAGCUGCUUCCACGAAGUACCGGUCUGAAGUUCUGUCUGGAGAAUCUGAAGGAAUCUACCGAAUGGCUUUAUGAUUGUACCAUUGCCUAUGAAGGCAUUCCCCACGGGCAAUAUGGUCAAGACAUUUACACUCUCCAAUCCUCUUUCUUUGAAGGUCGCCCUCCCAAAUCUGUCAACAUGCAUUGGCGCCGCUUCCGCAUCUCUACCAUCCCGCUGCACUCGGACAAGGCCUUUGAAGCCUGGCUGCGCAACCGCUGGAAGGAGAAGGACCACUACCUCGACUACUACCAGCGCCACGGCGCCUUCCCGUCCGCGGACCCGUGGAAGGCCUCCUCAUUCGCCGAGAUGCAGAAGAUUCGGCCGGCCAGAUCGAUCGCAGCGCAGGUCCAAAGCGGCAGCUGGGGCGAGUUCCUGGCCAUCUUCGCCCCGAUCACAGCCUUCUUGACGGUAUUGUUCCUCUUCUACGGCGCUUCCGUCACCGAGAUGAUUGGCACAGGCGCGUCUGACAUGCAUGCUCGAGUCAAACAGGCCCAGCGCGAGGGCAAACUGCAGCCCGACGGUGGCCUGCCCCCCUCGCUGGCGAAGAAGGCGCUCAAAAACGCCCGCGCCGCGGACCCCAACUACAUUCCGCCCAGUGAUGCCGGCACCAGCACCAGCGUCGGCAAGCCGCAGUAUGGCGAGUGGGAUGCGAUUCGCAAGGCGCUGGCUGAGAAGAACCUGGAGGGCGUCAAGUCGUUCGCCCCCAAGGCGCCCUCGACGGUCGACUCAGUGUCCGGGCACCGCUCGUUUUCUCAGCCUACAAAAAAGGCAACGGCCACCGCACCCACGACAGCGCCGUCGUCAGGUGCGGUGAAGAAGGCCAAGGCCCCGGCCCCCCUGAAGUUGGACACGUCCAACGACGCACUGACAGCGCUGCUGGAGCGCAACCUCGGCAAGGCCCAAAACAGCAAGCAGGUUGCCCAGCAGACCAUCAAGCUUGCUAACGGUCAGACUAUCCGCGCCAACGCGCCCGAGACGACCGAGGUGAAGAAGACCGGAGGUGGCCCCGUGAAGCUGGCCAAUGGUUUGACGAUCGGUGCCGAGACGAAAGGGACACCAUCUUCGCCCGUCAAGUUGGCGAACGGUCUAGCAGUGGGUCACCAGCAGCAGAAGACGUCGUCACCUGCCCCGAAGACCACCACCCCGGCCAAGAAACCGUCCGGCGUCGCGACGCCGAAGCCACUGAAGAAGGCAGCCCCACCGGUCAAAAAGACGGCGCCGGCGCUGACGUCGACGGUCUUGCCAAAGGACAGCAAACCACCGCAGAAGAUCGGUGGUGGGACUGCAACCUCGACGACCAAGACGCCGUCGUUGGCCAGUGGACCGACUAAGUCAUCAACAGCGAGCAUAGCAACGCCUGCUGCGCCACCGUCAGCGGCCGGUAAGAAGGCGGCAGCGGCGGUGGCUCCGGCCGUGAAAAAGCUGGCGCCGGUUCAGGGUCAGAAUGGCGCAACGACGGCGCCAACGCCUAAAGCUACUACAGCCCAUCAGGAUGCGGGAAAGCCGAAGAUCCCGUUGGUCGUGCAGGAGGCGAGCAGAGGCCCGAGGGAGAAGGUUGCGCCGAGAAAAUUGGAUGCUGUGAGGGCAAGGAAGGGCUAG